UCAAUAAUCUCUAUUGAUUCAGCUAUUUCAUUAAAUUGGAUUAAUGAUAUAUUAAACACAUUUUAAUGAAAUGAUAAAUUUCACUUUCAAUCUCUCUCUCUCUCUCUCUUUUUUUUCUCCCCAUUAUAGAUUUUGAUUGUCAACCAUGAACUGCAGAUUCGUUAAAUUUCUGAUAGCUUUGUACUAAUAUUUAUACUAAUAUUUAUUAGAAUUACCACUCAACCUUCUUCUCGUUGCCAUGGUUACAGAGUAAGAGAAAAUGGGAUGCUGAGAGAAGACCUGUCAGAUAGUCGAAUACAGCAGGUUGAAUACCUGGAAAACUGCCUGUAAAAUUAGUCGGAUGUCCAACCAACAAUGCUCAACAGACAAAGCAGCGCCCUCACUCAAUUUACUAUCAGCAGCUGGCACUACUUCCUCUGUCCCUUCCGGUGGCAGAAGACAGACAGACAAUGUAGCGGAUGCGACAACAUCAGCACUACAAGUGGCUGGUGACGAUACGAACUUAACGGAGCCACGCUCCGAAACCAAUAAGAAAAUUCAAGAUAAAGAAGGAAUGAGCUCGCAACGUUAUCAUCGAUUGCAAAAGACGUGUUGUCUGUGCUGGUGUUGUUGUUGUAGUUGUUCCUGUUUCUCUCACGUCCCUCGGCAACCGCAGAUCUCGUCGUCGAAUGAUAAAAACGUUGACACCAUUCCAACCCGAGAAGAAAUCGUUUCUUGGGGAGAAUCAUUUGACAAUCUCUUAAAAAGUCCAAAAGGUCGAAAAUUAUUUCACGAUUUUUUAAAAUACGAAUAUAGCGAAGAAAAUCUUUUAUUUUGGGUGGCUUGCGAGGAAUUAAAGAAAGAAACUGAUCCAGACAUCAUCGAAGAAAAAGCAAGGAUAAUCUACGAAGAUUUUAUAUCAAUAUUAUCACCUAAAGAAGUAAGUCUUGAUUCACGAGUAAGAGAAAAAGUCAAUAGGAAUAUGAUCGAGCCAUCUCUUACAACUUUUGAUGAAGCACAGAUGCAAAUUUAUACUUUGAUGCACCGAGAUUCUUAUCCACGUUUCCUCAAUAGUAAACUGUACAGAAGUUUAAUCGAAACCAAUUCUAAUGAAGAAGACAGUGUUACAUAGCAUAUUAAGAAUUCUUAAAUAAAAUAAAGCACAGCUGUGAUUCAAAACUAAUUCCAAAAACAGGAAGCUCAACAAAGUAUGAAGCUCAAAUCAACAAGAAAAUGAGGAAAAUAGUAGUAUUAUAUUCAUCGGUCGUUUGCAAUAAAUUUCAAAUCUGUAAUAAACGCCAAGUGGUGAACAAAACUUGAAAGAAAAAACAAAAUAAAAAUGAAACUAACUUGUACAGGGUAUUUACAACAUUGAGAUGCAGGAGACAUAUUUUAAAAUUUGUUGUUGUUAUGUUGUGGAUGUUUUAUCUAAAUCAAUGUUUACUUGAUCAAGAUUCAUUCGUUGAGUAAAAUUAUUUAAGUGUUUCUUCCGUAUUCUAUAGACGGCGUGAUCAUUAUUAUUAAUAAUAUUAUUAUUAAUCAUCCAGAAAAGAAACUGGUAAAAGAAGAAAAUAAAAAUUCAGGAUUAAAACGCGUUAUUUAAUUUGUUUAAAAUUAUUAGUUUGAUAUAAAUAUUGUUGUUUAAUAUUCCAACCGUCCCCUAAUUAAAUUAAAGAGGGAUUAUAAGAAUAAAUUUUUUCAAUGGAAGAAAUUGUUGUUGUUGUGGUUGGAAAAGCCUUUGAAAUGUUGAAUUUGUGGUUAUUUGGAAAAGAAAGGGAUGUAAAUAAAAUUAUAUCAAUAUUU